AUUUUAAAAGUAUCAGUUUACACUGACACAAUCCUUAACUAUUUUCCUUUGUUCUUCUUCAUCUUUAUUACACAUUUUUUUCAAGGUCUACCAAACGAUGUCGGUUUUCGAAUCGGAGACUUCGAACUUCCACGUCUACAACAACCACGAAAUCCAAACGCAACCGCAAAUGCAAACGUUUCUGUCGGAGGAGGAACCGGUAGGGAGACAGAACUCGAUUUUGUCACUAACUCUUGACGAAAUUCAGAUGAAAAGCGGUAAGAGCUUUGGAGCGAUGAACAUGGACGAGUUCCUAGCGAACUUGUGGACAACCGUUGAAGAAAACGACAACGAAGGAGGUGGGGCUCACAACGACGGAGAGAAGCCGGCGGUGCUGCCACGUCAAGGGUCGUUGUCCCUCCCUGUGCCUUUAUGCAAGAAAACGGUCGACGAGGUUUGGCUCGAGAUACAAAACGGUGUACAACAACAUCCACCGUCGUCGAAUUCCGGUCAAAACUCCGCCGAAAAUAUUCGCCGGCAACAAACCCUUGGUGAGAUCACUCUCGAGGAUUUUCUUGUUAAGGCUGGUGUUGUACAAGAACCGUUGAAGACAACGAUGAGGAUGUCGAGUUCUGAUUUUGGUUAUAACCCCGAGUUUGGAGUUGGUUUACAUUGUCAGAACCAAAACAAUUAUGGUGAUAACCGGUCGGUUUAUAGUGAAAACCGACCGUUUUACUCGGUUUUGGGAGAAUCUUCAAGCUGUAUGACCGGGAAUGGGAGGAGUAAUCAGUAUCUGACCGGUUUAGAUGCUUUUCGGAUCAAGAAACGGAUAAUUGAUGGUCCACCUGAAAUUUUGAUGGAGCGGAGACAACGGCGAAUGAUUAAAAACCGCGAAUCUGCGGCUCGGUCUCGAGCCCGGAGACAAGCUUAUACUGUGGAACUGGAGUUGGAAUUGAACAACCUCACGGAAGAAAACACGAAGCUGAAGGAAAUUGUGGAGGAAAAUGAGAAGAAAAGAAGACAAGAGAUAAUAAGUAGAAGCAAACAAGUGACUAAAGAGAAGAGCGGAGACAAAUUGAGAAAGAUUCGGAGGAUGGCCAGUGCCGGGUGGUAAAUAGAUAUGAGAGUUUGUGUAAUUUACAUAUGAUAUUUUAUUGAUCGUUUCUAUCUAUACACAUAAAUAUUUGUAUCUAUAUUAUAUUUUGAGACAAACAUGGAAUUUGUGUAUAUAGGAUCAUUUCUUUUUAUAUAUACUCAUAAAUCAUAAUCGCCAGAUUUAGUUUCUAUGUUUUCUUCAUCUUUCUCCGAUGCUGAAAUUACAUCGUUUAAUCCGAUAAUUUUAAUCAUGUGUUAGACUGUGAGUGUAGAUGAAAAUUUUGAAGAUAUUAGAAUACACCACUUGCUUUAAGCACAUGUUAUACAACAUACCGAAUUAUUUCUGUAUACACAAGCUGGAAAUAUUUCAUCUCCACUUCUUGAUUCUCACAUAGUAAUUUUCUGAAAAAUGCCCUUACAUCAUUUCCAGAAGCCACAAAACAAAGACCACAUUAUAGUUAUUGAACCUUUUUUUGUUUUUGUUUUGGUCGUCUGCUAUAUUAUCUUCAAAGAUAUUUUGAAACAAUUUUAUUACACAUGAUGAUCGAUCACGAUUUAUAUAUCCCAGGAUACAACCGAUCACGAACUAAUACCCAAACACACUAUAACUCAAGCGAACUUAAUCUACGAUAUGUUUUCGAAACUACUAAAAUAAAAACUUACUUUUAAGAAGCAAGAGAGAAGCGAGACUUUAAAACUUAG